GCCACCUCAUCCGAGGGGGAUACUGGAAGUGAAUCUGCGGGACGACACGCACUCUCGCGCACACACAAUGGCAACCGGUGCGCUCCUCCUUGCCUGCGCGCUGCUCGCUGGUGUUGCCGUGGCUCAGAGAGUGGUAACGGUGCAAGGUGGACCACUGAUACGGACUGAGGGCUCUCACGUGACCAUCUGGUGCAACGUGACGGGCUACAAAGAGGGGGUGGAGCAGGACUUUGAGUGGUCCAUGUACCUACCAUCAGCACCGGACAGGGAGAUCCGCAUCAUCAGCACGGCUCAGCCGAACUAUGCCUACGCCGUUUAUGCCCAGAGGGUGAAUAGCAAAGAGAUCUAUGUGGAGAGGCUGAGCCGCGAUUCAGCUGUGCUCCACAUCACCAAAGUGCAGGCUAAGGACCAGGGUCUGUUUGAGUGUUACACACCCAACACAGACGGCCGGUACCUGGGAUCCUACAGCGCACGCACUAACCUCACUGUCAUCGCUGACUCCUUGACAGUCACAGCUCCAGCCCAGACUCUGUCCAAGGUGGAAGGCGACACGCUACAGCUCACCUGCGAGGUGUCUCGCACCACAAUGCAGCACACUCACUUAUCGGUGGGCUGGUACCUGCGGUCCCCAGAGGACGCUGCCGCCCCGCCUCAGGAGCUCGUCACCUUGUCAAGGGACUUUGUUCUGCGCUCCGGGGGACCGUACCGGCAGAGGAUGGCGGCAGGGGACCUCAGGCUGGAUAAAACCAGCGCCACGGCCUACAGGCUGACCAUUCACAAGCUGCAGCCGGUGGACCAGGGCCUGCUCUACUGCCAGGCUGCCGAGUGGAUUCAGGACACAGACGACAGCUGGUUCGCCAUGACCCGCAAGCAGAGCGAAAAGACUCAGCUCCGCAUUCAGCCCACUGAUCGGGACUUCAGCAUCCAGGUGAGCACGGAGCGACGGUCCUUCACGGCCGGUGAGCCGCUGGAGCUUCGCUGCACCAUCGAGGCCCAGAAUGUGCCGGAGCGUUUCUUCUCGGUGUCGUGGGUCUUCAGCAGCUCACCGGUGGCCGUGGUGGGCCCCAGUGCCGUGCCUGUCCUGGGCCCCGAUUACAUCGCCCGUGAGGCGGCCGGUCACAUGACCGUGCGUAAAGAGAGCACCAACGUGCACCUGCUCAAGCUGCAGCACCUCCGCCCCGAAGAUGCCGGGAAAUACAUCUGCCGUGUGACGGAGCGGGAGAAGACACCCACGGGAGACUUCAUCGACCGCAGCAAGAGGUCGCGCAACGUCCAGAUCACGGUCCAGCCGCUCAAGAGCAACAUCACAGUGGCGUUGUCCAGUAACUCCUCCGAGGUCCUAGAGGGUGACGUGAUCCAGUUGACCUGCUCGGUUCACGCCACUACAGGCCCCCUGUCUGUCGUCUGGCAGUGGACAGACAAGCAGGCGAGCGGACCGGCGCAGGAGGUGGCCUCCGUGGAUCGCGAUGGCGCUGUGUGGCACAGUCCAGCCUACAGAGAGCGCUCUAGCUAUGGGGAGAUACGUGUGGAGAAGGUGCGGGGCGACACUUUCUCCCUAUCCCUGUAUAAUUCCUUACCUGGGGACGAGGGCCAGUACCGCUGCACAGCCACCGAGUGGCUUCAGACCGGCACUGAACCGGAGCUUACCUGGGAGAAGAUUGGAGAGAAGUCAGCCACCAAGACACUCACUGUCAAGACUGUUGAGUCCUCCUUCAUGGUGUCGGCUUCAUCGCGAACGCCAUCCGUCACAUUUGGAGACUCCUUUGACCUCCUGUGCCUGGUCAAGCCUCGUCACAACCCCCGCGUCCCCACCUCCGUCACCUGGAGCUUCAUGCCGGCUGGCACUGAAGCUGACAAUGAGGAUCAGGGAGAGUUCAAAGACCUCGUGACUUUCACCCGCGAGGGCACGCUGCAGUGGGGGGAGCAGCUGCUGGGGCUCGGUACCCGCACCACGGUGGACCGGUCGCACUCCAACACCAACUUUCGGUUGUCAGUGACCCGGGCGGGGCGUCGCGAGGCUGGCAAGUACCAGUGCACCGCCGUCCUGUGGAGGAGGAACUACGACAACAGCUGGAGCAGAGUCGCCAACCGCACUUCCAACCUGCUUGGCAUCAGUGUCCUACAGCCAGAGAGCAAGCUGCGAGUGCAAAAGACCAACCAGUCUCAGGUGUACCUGGAGGACAGUCGUGUCAGGAUCAACUGCUCCAUCUCCUCCCAGACCAGCCAGGACUCCCAGCACACCGUGAUGUGGUACGUGAGGCGCGCAACGGGGUCAGAGGCCGACGAGCUCCUGCUGAGAAUUGAACACUCGGGGGCCUUUGAGUACGGCGCCUACGCGGACGAGGAGAGACUGCGACGGCGAGUGCAGGCCGAGAGGCUGGCACCCCGUCUCUAUGUGCUGACGCUAAACAGAGCAGAGAGCAGCGAUUCCGGGACGUACUACUGCCUGGUGGAAGAGUGGCUGAGUGAUCCAGAUGGAGCCUGGUAUCGACUCUCCCGGGAGUCCUCGGGGUUCACGCAGGUUCUGGUCAGACAGCCAGAGGUACGAUUGCAGGUGGAGGAAAUGGAGUCAAACGUGACAGUCGAAGAGUCCGACUCUAUCAGACUGGGCUGUAGCAUUCCUUCCCAGUCGUCCCGGGACUCCCGCUUCUCCGUGUCCUGGUAUGUGGAGCGCUCCGAGGACGAGGAUGAUGACGACGAGCCGGGCGAGGAGGAGAGAGAGCGGGAGUGCGUGUUCUCCAUCGGCCACGAUGCCGUUUUCGGAAACGGAAACUGCAGCCCGAGAGAGGAGGCGGGGCCAAAGUCCCGCCUGCAGUUCGAGAGGAUGACCUCGGACCAGUACAGCCUGACCAUUCAAGGUGCACGGCCAACAGACGCAGGCCGAUACUACUGCCACGUAGAGGAGUGGCUGCUCAACCCCCGCAACGCGUGGUACCGCCUGACCACCAACAACUCUGGGUUCACUAUCGUCAAUGUAUUGCAACAAGUGUCCACCCUCCAGUCAGUGGUGUGCUCCAACGACUCCCUCUUCUACUUCGUCUUCUUUUACCCCUUCCCCAUCUUCGGCAUCCUCCUCAUCGCCGUGCUGCUUGUGCGCUACAAGAGCCGCAACAACAGCAAGAGCCAAGAAGGCAAGAACGGCGCCCCCCUCCUGUGGAUUAAAGAGCCUCACCUCAGUUACUCUCCCACCUGUCUGGACCCGCCUGCGCUCAGCCUACACCCCGGCUCUGUCGAUUAAGCGAGGGUCCCCCCGCCCCGCCUGCCUCGCGUGAAUCGCAGAUCCAGCCAACACAAUGCCAGGGAGCAGAUCUGGACUCCACCUUCAGACCUUACUGUCGUUCACUGCUGUGUUGAAUUAGUCAAUCAGUUGAUCAGUUUAAAUUCCUACCCUGGUGGCUGCUUGUUUUAUGUUAACAACAUUGUGUUUUUUUUGGUCAGUGUGUGUGUGUGUGUGUGUGUGUGAGUGUGUGUGUGUGUGCGCGUGCGUGGACUAGAAUGGGUGUGCCAUGUUAGCACGAUUAAUUGUACGAAUGCAAAAUGAAGGGUAUCACGAGCCUUUCUCGUUUAUGUUUUCUGUGAAACUUAAUCUCAUAGCUGCAUUUUGAUUUUUAUUAUCUGAAUAUUUGUCUAUUUUUCAAAAGCGAAAAAAAAAACAACAAAAAACUGCGCACAUAGAGAUCACUGGCCAAUCCGGGAAGGACAUUUAAGAGAAGGAACUCUAUAAUCGAAUCCGGCUCUGAGUGGAUGCCAAAAAAGUCUCCGCACUGAUCCAAGAGCAGCCACAGCCUGGCCCACUAUGUUGGUUGCCAUAGUGAUUCUCUGCGCCCACUGACUCCGUAGCUGAUGACUUGGUUGCCAGCCUGCAUAGAGACAAAGGCAAGGACACACAAGUCUGUGUCCUAAGUGAGGAUGUGUGUAUGUGUGUUGGCCCACCUGCCUCCACAAUGAAUUUGCCUUGGCAGAUAGAAACCGGUCCUCGUGCGCCACUUAAACACUGCCAGACACUCUGGCCUUAGUGAGAGACUGCUCCGCUCCUCUCCUCCAUCCUCCAUCCUCUAUCCUCCUCUCAGAAAAGAGGCAGCAGCGUGAGAACGAGAGGAGGGGUGUCGCAAAUGAUGGAGAGUAAAUGAACAGUCCUCACCUGCUGAAGAUAGAUAUGUACUUUGACUUUUUU